GAAAUGAAGGGUGGAAACGAAGAGGGGUAUUUAAAAGCCGUUUGCAGACUGGACCACGCCAGUUUUACUUACACAACAGAAGAGUAAAUAUCUCCAGAUGUAAGGUACAUCGAUUACGCAAGAAGUUAUGAAAUAAUGAAAGUGAGAGCAUGGUUUGAUCUUUCCGUGAGUAACUUUCUCCCAUAAGUCCGUUUAUUUCACUUUCUUUCUCAAAAGCGCGACGCAAGCCAACGUUUCAAAAUUAUCGAAACCGGAUGAGAGUAUGUUCUCCACGGUGGUAUUAUGUAUAAUAUUACUACUGCUGCUACUGUAUCUAGGAUCGCGGAAACCAAAAGGAUAUCCUCCAGGUCCAAAGUGGUGGCCAAUUUUGGGUUGUGCUAUCGAAUUGGCUCGUCUUCGCAAGGAAACCGGUUACAUGUUCAGGACAUGUUCCGCUUUGUGUAAGAAAUAUGGACCAGUAGUCGGUCUAAAAGUCGGCACAGACCGUAUCGUGGUUCUAAAUGACCAUGACAGCAUUCGAACAAUGCUUACUAACGAAGAUUGCGAUGGAAGACCAGUUGGUCUCCUUUAUGAUGCACGAACCUUCGGCUCUAGAAAAGGACUGGUCCUCGUGGAUGGAAAUUUAUGGAUCGAGCAAAGGAAAUUCGUGUUAAGACAUCUUCGUGACUUCGGCUUCGGCCGGCAAGACAUGAUGAUGAUAAUACAAGAAGAAAGCCGAUCGCUCGUCGAACACAUAAAAAAACUAAUCAACAACGAACGCAAUAAUCAAAUUAACGAAUCUAAAAUACAUUGCAACAAUAACGAGUACGACGACGGACAAAUAUAUAAAUUAAUUAAAGGGGACAAAGCAAAUGAGGUAGAAUUAAUGGACAAGUACGGGAAAAGUGAAGAACAAUUGAAAUCUUCGGGUUUAUACGUGGAUACUGAUAAAUACGUGCAAAUCAAUCAAAUCAACGCUCACCCUGGAACGAUAAUUCCAAUGCACAACGCCUUUGGAAUUACAGUACUCAAUACAUUGUGGAGAAUGAUAGCUGGUAAAAGGUUCGAUAUCGACGACGAAAAGCCGAUUUAUCUGCAAGAGAUUCUGACGCAAGUUUUAACGGAAAUCGAUAUGUUAGGCGCACCAUUUGGUCAUUUUCCGCUAUUAAGAUUCAUCGCGCCAGAAAUAUCCGGUUACAAAUCAUUCGUGAAGAUUCAUCAGCAACUUUGGGAUUAUUUAAAGGAUGAGUUGGAUAGUCAUAAAGCUACCUUUGCGCCAGGCUCGCCGCGAGAUUUAAUGGACGUAUAUUUGACCGUUUUGAACUCUAAAGAUUAUAGUAACACAUUUUCAGAAUCUCAACUGCUUGCUAUUUGUAUGGAUUUAUUUAUGGCAGGUUCGGAAACUACAUCUAAAGCUCUUAGCUUUUGUUUCUUAUAUUUAGUGCUGUUUCCGAAAGUACAGAGAAAAGCACAGGAAGAGAUAGACACAAUAAUUGGACGUAACCGACUUCCCACCUUGGAUGACAGAACGAGAAUGACUUAUAUGAACGCUAUUGUUUUGGAAUCAUUCAGAAUGUUCGUAGGGCGUACGUUAAAUAUACCACAUAGAGCGCAAAGAGAUACUACGAUAUUAGGUCAUAAAAUACCAAAAAAUACGAUGCUUAUAGUGAACUUCAAUAGAAUAUUAAUGGACGAAUCGUGGAAUGAUCCCGAAGACUUUCGACCAGAAAGAUUUAUAGAUGAAAGUGGUAACAUCAUUACACCGGCUGCGUACUUUCCAUUUAGUCUCGGGAGACAUCGUUGUAUGGGAGAAAAUUUAGCUAGAAACAAUACAUUUGUUAUAGCUACUACUUUAUUACAAGCAUUUACAUUUUCUAUAGUACCUGGAGAAGAACCAUCAUUACAAGAUUUUGUCGAUGGAGUUACCAUUGGUCCUAAACCAUUCAGGGUAAUGGUUGCCUUAAGGUCGUAAAUAUAUUCGAAAGCAUUUAAAAUAAUGCUUUUAUUCAAAAGUAAUUUUUAAUACCAAUUUUUAGUCAGAUCAGUUUUUAUUAUAUGGUAUAAUUAAUUAAUAUUAAAAAAUUGUUAUAAAAUCAUUUUUGAUAAUGUAGGUGUAAGUAGCAAAUAGUGUACAGUAUUUACAAUAAUUCAAAAUAAGACAAGACAAUGUAAUAAGACAAGAUCAUUUUAAUGUUCAAAAAAAUAUAUUUUAUUUUAUAUGAAAAUACAUGUGUGUGUAUAUAUUUAUAUAUAUAUGUAUGUAUGUAUAUAAGAAGCUAUACGAAAUAAAUAAUACAUAUACAAGAACAAUACAAACUUCAUAUCACCGUUCGCUUCUUGAAAUAUAAC